AUGCAAAUGUUACCACCGUCGCCUUCAUCAAAAUCAUCAUCAUCAACAGCAACAACUCCUUCUCAAUCUCCAUCAAUAGAUACUCAUUCUAUUCAAACUUCUCCUAUACAUGAUCACAUAGAGUCUAUGAGACAACGAAUGGCUCCAAUUAUGGGAGAUCCAAAUCAAAAUACGAAUGUAGAUAGAAAAAAAAUAAAACCUGUACUUAAAAAUUUAGAUAAUUCUCCAUCAUCACGUAAACCUACUUUUCACUUACCUAUUUCCUCACCACAACCAUCUGUUGAUCUUACUAGUAAAGAAAUACAAGCUAAAUAUGACGAAGUGCUUCAAAAUUCUGGUUUGUUUCUUAUUAAUGGCGAGCGAAAACUUAUCGAACAAAAAGAUAUUGUUAAACAAUGUUUGCUUGGUUCUGGUACAUGUGGUGAAGUAUUUAAAAUGCGACAUGAACCAAGUCAAAUGAUAUUAGCUGUUAAAGUUAUGUUUCGAACACAAUCUCAUGAAGAAAAUAAACGAAUUAUUAUGGAUUUAGAUGUACUUGUAAAAAGUUAUAAUUUUCCACAUAUUGUUCGUUGUUUCGGUUAUUUUAUUCAACAAACAGACGUUUGGAUAGGUAUGGAAUUGAUGGCAUCUUGUUUCGAUAAACUUCUCAAACGUAUUCAACAACCUAUACCAGAAUAUAUUCUUGGAAAAUUAACUUUUUCAACUGUUACUGCCUUAAAUUAUCUAAAACAACAACAUGGAAUAAUGCAUCGAGAUGUUAAACCAUCGAAUAUAUUAAUUGAUGAAAAUGGCAAUAUCAAAUUAUGUGAUUUUGGUAUUUGUGGUAUACUUAUUGAUUCAAAAGCUAAUUCACGAAAUGCUGGUUGUGUUGCAUACACAUCACCCGAACGUAUAAAUCCAACAACUGAAGGCAAACCUAAUUAUGAUAUACGUGCUGAUAUUUGGAGUUUGGGAAUUUCACUUAUUGAACUUGCUACUAAUACACAUCCAUAUGCAAAUGGUAUAACCGAUUUUGAUAUUAUGGCACGUAUUGUUGAGGAAAAUUCACCUCAAUUACCUUCUGAUGUUUUCUUUUCUGAUAUAUUUCGAUCUUUUGUUGAUACAUGUUUAAUUAAAAAUUAUCAAGAUCGACCAAAAUAUGCUCGAUUAAUGGAACAGCCAUUUUUUAUUCAUUCAGCUGAACAAUCUGUUGACGUUGCCAAUUGGUAUCGAACGGUAACAAGUGCUGCAAGUCAAAAUUGUGUGUAUGAGUUGUGUGUCGAGCAAACGCAAAUAAUAUCUAAUACAUACGCAACUAGUUUAUUCAUCGGUACUUUAAACAUGGAUUAUAUGGGUUCAACAUCAACGGCUCAAUAUACUCGUAUGGGCCGUCAAGCACAACCAGGUAAACAUCUCCCAUCUAUUGGUACAUUUGAUUAUCGACAAUCAUCUGCUCCACCAUAUUCUGGUUUACUUACUCGAUCACUUUCUCUACCAUGGCGUCCAUCAACAUUUUAUCGAUCGGCACGUAUUGAAACAGCACAACCAUUGAAUGCAUCAACUGCACAACCAUUUAGUUCAUCAAAUUAUUUAAAUAAUGUUGAUAGUGUUAAAGUACCACCAAUAUUCCCAUCAGCACGACAAGCACUUUAUACACGUUAUACACCAAAAGAUUGGUUUAAUGCUCAACAAACAAAUUAUAUUGCAUCAGAUAAGAUUCGUUCGGCAGCUGAACGUUUACGUUCUGAUGCUAUACGUUUAGCACGUGAAAAAGAUGAGCAAUCAUUUAAAAAUAAUGCUGAAUCAUCCAAACGUAUAGGUGAACGUAUAAAUGAUAUUGAAUAUUGGAAGAAUGAAUUAGAUAAAGCAAAAGAUAAAAUAAAACGUAAAAUAGAUGAUGUUGAAGCGAAACGACGUGAAGUUGAAAGACAAUUAGCUGAAACAGAAAAACCAUUACGUAUAGCUCAAGAAAACUUGUAUGAACGUGAAAAACGACAAGGCAUUGAUCUUGUCCAUGAUGGUGUUGAACGUGAACUUAUUCGAGAAAUUGAUACAAUUAAAUUAAAUCAACAAAAACUUCGACAAAUGCUUGAACGAUUGAAUACACAAAAUGCUCUCAAUCGUGCUGCAUUACAUGAAUUGGAAGUUGAUGCACAAGAUAAAUUUCGUGCCCGUGUACUUGAUUCAGCUGCUCAUAAUAUUAAAACAACAUCACGUGGUAUUAACUUUUAUCAUGGCAUUGAAGGUGUUGAUAAUACUGUAUCAGUACCUGAAUCAUGGGCUCGACAUACCGAAGAAAAUAUUCGUCGAACAUUAAGUGAAAUUUCUCAAUCGGAUGAAUUACUCAAUCAAAGUAAUCAACAAAUGGCAACAAGUAAUAAUGAUAUGUGGUCACAAUGGAAUCAUGUUAAUGUUUCUCUUGAAAAUCGUGUACAAGAAGAACAAAUUGCUAAAAAUAAAAUUCAAGCUCAUCUUGAAAAGAUUCUUCAAGAAAUCUUUGAUGUUGAACAAAAUAUUGAAUUUGUGAAAAAAACGAUUGCUGAUAAGGAACAAUUUUUACAAGUUGCUCAAACACGUCUUGAAACACGUACAAGACGACCUAAUACUGAAGCAUGCCGAGAUCCUGCUAUGCAUAGAUUAAUUCAAGAAGUUCAUGAUUGCCAUGCAGCUAUUGCUGAUCUUCAUGGUAAAUUACGUCAAGAAGAAAAUGCUGUACAACAUUUAUUACGCGCAAAAUCAACAUUAGAACAAGAUUUAGCUAUUAAAAAUAAUUCCUUAUUUAUUGAUUCGGAUAAAGUUAUGGGCAUCCGUCGUACUUAUACAAUGGCAGCACCGGAAAAAAGUUCAACAACAUCUGUAUCAUUUUCUCAUCCGCGCGGUCUAAUUACCGCAUGA